AUGCCCACUGUCGACAUUACCCCGUUUUCCGGCCGCCGGGAUGGUACCGAUAUGCCGACCGCUGACUGGGUGCGGGCAGUGCGGCAGGCGGUUGUUGACCGCCACUAUGCAACGACUGAGGACCAGAUACGAGCUGUCAACUACCACCUGAAACCGGACAGCCCUGCGGAAGACCACAUGGUAGGUUUGGCACCAACAGCGCCAGAACGCGCGUCCCUCGACACGUACUUGGACGAACUCAAAGCAAAGUUUCCUGGGCUCAAACCAAUACGGCGCACUGCAGCAUCGUACGAGGCAGAGCUCCUAAAAACGCGGAUCACGGUAGCGGAGCUGGCCAUGGAAACGGUGAAGAGAGGGGAGAUCGAGGUUUACGUGCAGGAGGACUUCGCCAAUCAAGUCGAGGACCUGGCCAUCCAGGCGAAGGUCAAGGACACGCUCGCGGGGUACCCGUUGUGGAAAGAGAAUCAGCCGGGCAUCAUCAUCAAAGCCCUCACGCCGGACCCCACCAACUGGUCGGACGUGGCAGCGAGGAUCCGGGCGAUUACUAAUGCCGACAUCCACGAGCUUGCAGUAGGACACCGAAACGCCGAGAACACGCUGCGAGAGCAACAACUCCUCAAGGCCAACAUCAACGACCUCAGGCGUAGUUUCAGCGCCUUCCGCCUAUCGCCCACGUCUCACGUAGCCCCGAACCCUGCAAUGGUACACCCUCGCCCCACGGUUAUCCGGCCACAGAACCCCAGCCAGCCAGACCGCCCCCGCCAAGCCCAAUUCGAGAAGGACUAUGUUCCGUCAGCGGAAGAGGUCACGCACAUCCAGGCAGCUCGCGAAAAGGUUAUAUCACUUGCGCAACCUGAUACUCCACAAGGCCGGGUCACGUACAACCAACAGAAGGCCGCAUGGGCGUCCCAGCACGAUGCUGCGCGCGCCAACGGGAGCCAGCGCCUUUGGGAAACUGGGUACCCGCUUGCCCCUGGGACUCAAGCGCCGUGCAGCCGGGAGUGCUGGAAAUGUGGACAACCCCGGCACGGAAACACGGAGUGCACCGCACCGUUCGUUCCAGGAGAAGAGAGACGCUUCAGAUACCUCUGCCAUACCUGGCUUGGCCAGACACGCAUGGCCCCAGCCCCGGUGCCAGUUAACAUGGCGGACUGGACGUUGAUUGGAGCUCCCACAGAGGACGACCUCCGGGAUUUUCAGGCCGGGCUGACACAGUAG